GGGUGCGAGGCCAGGAGGAAGGGGAGGCCGGACUGGGAGGCGCCUCCGAGGGGGCGUCUCCCGGCCCAGCCAAUGGCCAGCUUGGAGGCGGAGAGAGAGGCGGGGCCGGAGCCGCCGGCCAGCCCGCUCUGCCUCCUCCCGGGUCCCUGCUCUCUGUCCUUCCCGCGGGCCGCAGCAGCGGAAGAUGCCCUUCAUCGAGCUGGAGACGAGCCUGCCCGCCGAGCGGCUGCCCGCUGACCUGCCGGCCAAGCUGUGCUCGGAGGCCGCCACCAUCCUGGGCAAGCCUGUGGAGAGGGUGAACGUGACGGUGCGGAGCGGGCUGCAGAUGGUGGUGGGGGGCUCAGCGGCACCCUGCGCCCAGCUGAAUGUGGCCUCCAUUGGCGUGGUGGGCUCGGCCGAGCAGAACAAAGGCCACAGUAGCCGCUUCUUCGACUUCCUGACACGCCAGCUAGCGCUGAGUCCGGACAGAACAAGCUGCAGAAGUCAGGGCAGCAAGGAUCCUCAUUCGGUUUUAUCCACUGGAGCCCUGGCAGAUUGGCAAGAACGGGACCGUCAUGACCUUUUUGUAAGGAGGCUGCCAAAGCAGCUCCUCCAGGGACCAGGCUGAGAGGCUGCGAGCGCCGUCUUGCUGUGAAGCACAGGGCCUUCUCUGGCACAGCCCUUUUCCAACUAGGCAACCCAGCUCCCAAAGCGGGAGCAUCCACAUGCACAGAAUUUCCCCCUUGGAGGCUGGUGCGCCUGCGUGUGUCCUGUGCUACACCUUGCGCUGUCCGUGUUUUGCUUGAGGCCCUUGGUUUGUGUCAGGCUGGCAUUUCUCUGUUGUCACCUAUGUUCACACGGGAGCCAGUCAAGUCACAGUUUGUUCGCCGUUGGCUUGAAAAUAAAAUGCCCUUCUUCA